AUGACAACAUGCAGUGGUGACAAAUUAUAUAAACUCUAUGUUAAAUGCGUAUUUGGAAUUGAAAAGUAUCUACAUAAUGAGCUACUAUCAUUCGGGUUCCCUCAAAAUGACAUGACAAUUUCACACUCAUCAGUAUCUAUUUCCAACGUUUCCUUAAAACAUGCCUAUUUCCUCUCAUAUUUCUCAAGAUUUGCUAAACAAAUCUAUCUACAACUCGCCACUUUCACUUCUCAUAACAGUAUUGAUUUAUUGAACUCCUGUAGGAAUGUCGAAUGGUCAAACUAUCUAAAUCCUUACGUCAGUUUUAUGGUAAAAUCAGAUAUUUCUAGGGGAUUAGAUAGCUUUAAAUCAAAUAAUUACACUUCUUUGGUGGUAAAGGAUGCCAUUAUGGACUAUUUUGCCCACAAAUACAAGUUGAACGUUGAUUUGAAGAAUCCAGAUUUGACAUUCCUACUAACUAUCAAUUCGGCAAAAGAAUCCAGUCUAUAUGUGGAUCUAGUUGGCACUAAACUCAAUAAUCGCAUAUAUAGACACCAAAGUUUCAUUCAGGACAUAGAUUCUACAUUAGCAAAUUCAUUAUUAGAUGAUUCUGGAUACAUUGAUAACUCAAUAAUUAGUUUGGAAGACUACCUAAACUAUUUCAAUCAUUAUCCAGAUAUUAAUAAUACUAAACAAUUGUAUGAUAGAUUGAGUGAGAAAUUUAUCACGAAUUAUCGCAAAAACAGCAUGAUUGACACCAGUUGCAGCAUUGGCACAAUAACAAUAGAAUAUGCAAUGAUAAAUUCGGGUAUUUCACCGGGAAGUUUCAUUAGACAUUUUUCAUCAGAGAUUUUCAAUCAUAAUGAUCUAAAUGCACUCAAAACUUUAAUUUGUUAUUCCAAUAUGAUCAGGCAAAUUAAAAAAUUGAAACAACAAGAUUUUAGUGUUUUUGGUUGUGAAAAGAGUUGGGAAAAGAUUAAUAUUGCAGUACAUUCUGCAAACAAUGCAGGAGUUUUGAGGCAUAUUAAAUUCUACCAGGGAUCGCCGUUAGACACUUUUCAAUACAUCAAAGAUGAUAUAACAAACCCAACAUUUAUAUGCACCCUACCCUUGACUGGAGAAUUACGUAAGGAAAUUAGAAAUGGUAAACCAACACAUCUAAAAAAAUAUCACCAUAAUAUGUUGAAUAAACUUUUAAAUUAUAUAAAAUUGACCUACAAAAACCCGAAAUUAUUAUUAUUAAUACCAAAUUGCUUCAAAAAGAAGGUUAUUGAGGAGGUAAUUAAUCAAAAGCUCGAGGGUGGUAGAACUAUGUAUUUCAGUGGUAUCCAAUGGGCCUGCUAUAACUACAACUGUAACAUCAAAUAA